AUGCUUAGCACAUUAGGCUUCCUGAUUCAUGGAAAUGAAAAACCAAAACGACUCAAAGAUCUAACCUGUCUAUACAUGAUCAAUAAAAAUCAACCGAUUCGCGAUGAAAACGACAAACCACUAUCAAUCAAUGAUCUCAAGACGGAACUCAAAAAUCGCGUGGAAAUCCUGAAUCUUUCGAAUUUCCAAGUGAUAAUCGAUAAAGUUAUUGAGAAGCUUGAAGAAAUGGACGACUCAAUUUGUUAUUUUGUUCUGGUUUCAACGUUUUAUUUGAGUGAUUCGAUUUUUGAGGAGAGUUUGAAGGAAAUGUCGGUGAAUCAAGGAUUAAUGAAUCAUAAUUUUGAAUAUAAAUUGUAUUCCGAGUUACUGGAAAACUCUAAGAAUAUACCGAAAUUGCCGUGGGAUAUUUCAAAGGUCCUAAACCCUACAGAACUCGCAAAAUUGCCUCCGGAACAGCAAAUUUUCGAAAAUCCCAUCAUUCCAAUUGAUAAUUGGGGGCUAAUCUCUGCAGAAUAUCGAAAAAUCUUGAAAACCGAAGAACUUUUGAUAAGUGCCCGUGAAAAUCAAUCAAUAAUAUUUUUCCAUUUGGAAAACGCGCAAUUUUUUGCAAAAUUAUUGGAAAUGUAUCGAGGAAAAUCGUCGGAUUUAUUCCAAAUUAAUGAUAAAAAACACUUUUAUUUGGGGAAUUUGUGUCGAGUUGAGGAAUGGAAUUUGACAAUGACCAAGACGAUUUUGGCUAAACAUUUGUUUUUGGCGAAUUUGUGAGUUUUCUGGGGCAAAGUUAGCCUAACUUUCUAUGCUGCAAAAGCUAAGCUAAAAAUUUGAAUUUUUAAAAAUCCCGCCUAAUUUUCAAUGGAGCGCAUUUGCAAAAAAAUCGAAUUUUACAUGUUUCGAGGGUGAAAUUCGGCGGGAAAUUUGAAUUUUUAUAGUUUUCGGCUCAAUUUUGAGCAUUUUGGGAUCAUCUAAAAAUUUGAAUUUCCCAAUAUUCCCGCCGAAUUCUCAAUGGAGCGCAUUUGCAAAUUUUCGACCUAAAAUUUGAAUUUUUCAGACUUUCCGACACCCGUCAAAACCUCGAAGCCCUCUUCAACCCAAUUUCCGAAAAUCCCAUCCGAAAGGCUAUUCAAAACUUCCUGCGCGAAGAAUUCCAGCAAUUUUCCGAAAAUUUGUUUGAAAUUUUCUCUGAAAAUUCUGAAAAUAUGAAUCGACAUCGAAAAUGCCAUGAAAUUUAUGAAUUCGCCAGAGGAUUCUAUCACGUUUUGAAGGAUUUUGUGAAGAUUUUGAAGAAUUUGAAUGAUUUUAGUGUGAGUUUUGGAAAAAAACUAUAAAAAUUCAAUUUCCCGCCAAAUUUGACCCCGGGAACUUGAAAAAUUCAAAUUUUAGCUCUAAAAUUAGCAAAUGCGCUCUAUUGAGAAUUUUGCGGGAUUUUUGAAAAUUCAAAUUUUCAGAUGCCUAAAAUUAAGCCGGAAACUAUAAAAAUUCAAAUUUCCCGCCAAAUUUAACCCCGGGAACAUAGAAAAAUUCGAAUUUUAGCUCUAAAAUUUGCAAAUGCGCUCCAUUGAGAAUUUGGCGGGAUUUUUUGGAAAUUCAAAUUUUUAAAGGAGCCAAAAACUGUAAAAAUUCAAAUUUCCCGCCAAAUUUAACCCCGGGAACAUGAAAAAUUCAAAUUUGAUUUCAAAAAUCAGCCAAUUUCCAGCCAAUAGAUCUAAAUGAGAUGUCAUUUGUUGGAAGUCGAUUUGCAGCUUUGGAAUCAGCGAGAAAGAUCUGGAAACGAUUCAAUUUGAUAUUAAUUCAAUUUAUUGUCAAAAAAUGUGCGGAAAUGUUGACUUCACCGGAAGCCGAGCUUUUUGAUUUGCUGGUCGAUGAAGGAGAUUCGAAAUUGAUUAGAGAUCGUAAGCGAGCGACGCGAGUCACGAGUGUACCCGCAAGCUUCCGCGUCAGCGGCACUGUCUUCCGCGAAGCGGUCACGCGGAAUACUGGCUUGGGAUAUCUUACAAAUAUUCAGUAAUCCACGUGGCCGCUGAAGCGGAAGAUAGUGCCGCUGUCGCGGAAGCUUGCGGUUCACACUCGCUAGGCUCGAGCAGAGAAGCCGCGAGUGUAGACCGCAAGCUUCCGCGUUAGCGGCACUGUCUUCCGCAAAGCUGCCACGCGGAUUACACGGCUGCUGCGCGGAAGCUUGCGGUCUACACUUUCUCAAGCUUCCAGCCCAAAUUAUUUUUCAAAGUUUGGAGAAUUUUUGAACAAAAUCUAGGCGAUUUACGAACAAUCAAUCAAAAAUCUUAAAAAUUGAAAAUAAAAUAUUGAAUUUUUGAAACAGUAAUUUUUUUCAACUUUUAAAAUUGAGGUCAACCUUUGUGACCCUAAAAUAAGGCCUUAACCUUGAUUGUUAAGGUUUUUCGGACUUCUUUAGUUUUAGCGUCAAAAAUAGGCUUAGACCAGACCAUAAGCUUGAUUUUGGAGUUAGGCUAAGCUUAGUGGCCAUUUCAGAAAGUAAUCAAAAUUCUAUGAAAGGGAAAAAAUAUAUUUUGAAUUUUUGAAACAGUGAAAUUUUAUGAGUAAAACAAUUUUUUGAAAAACCUCCAAAAAUUAGGUUUCAAAAAUAUUUGAAAUUAAUAUUAUUGUUCCCAUAAUUUUCCAAAUCUACAGUAUCCUUGGUCUACAGUACUCUCUAAAAAUUUGGCCAAAUCUACAGUAACCUAGCUUGUUUGGACUCAUUUUAAAGCUCUUGAAAUUCUCUGUGAGCUGAAAUUUACAGUACUUUUUCGCCAAACCUACAGUAACCCAGCCUUAUUCCAGCAAGUGUUUGGCAACGCCUAAAUCCACUAUCAAUGGAGCAAAGUCGAUGUAUUGAUCGAAAUCUAUCAAACCGAAUUGUCGACCUUAUCAUCUCUUAUCGAUUUUUUGUGAAUGACAAGAAAAAUGAGGAGAGAAAUGAGCUGGAAUUAGUAAGCCCCGCCCCCUUUUUUGGCUGAAAAUCGGCUGAAAAUCAUUUUUUUUCUUCAGUUUUCUAUCACUCCAUGUUUCGAAUCAACAAUUGAUGAGAUUAUGACAUCAUUUGGCCCCGAAAAUCCACCAGAACUCGAAAAAUCGCUGGAAUUAUUGAUGAGAAAAUUGCCGACGACUGAGAUUGUUGAAAAAUAUUCGAGGAAGAUUCUGGCGAAAUCGAUUAGGUUUUUCGAUUUUCUGAAACAGUUUUUCACGCAGCCACAUAUUCAUGGAAAAUCUAUGUGAGUUUGGUUUUGGGGCUCGAGCGGAGCGAACGCAAGCUUCCGCGCAGCGGCCACGCGGACUUGGGAAACUUACAGUAAUGGCCGCUUCGCGGAAGAUCGUGCCGCUGCGCGGAAGCUUGCGGUCUACACUCGCUCCGCUCGAUUCGAUAAAAAAAUUUAAUCAAAAUUUUAAAUAAAAUUUUUGAAACAGUAAAUUUUUUUAGGAAAAAAAAUCAAUAAAUACCGAAUUUUCUCAAGAAUUUGAAUAUUUUGGACCUGAGCUUUAGGUUUAGGUUUUUGCUUAGCCUACGGUUUAGCCUAAGCCCAUGUCCUAAAUUUGGACUUAGUCUAAAUCCAGGUUUUUUUUCAAUUGCCACGUCAUAGUGCAAGUUUCUCAAAUUGAAAUUCUUCCAUUAUCAAAUUUUUUUGAUAGCCAAUUUAGAUGAUCGAAAAAAUAAUUUGAAAACUAAAAUUAUUUGAUUUUUGUGAAACAGUGAAUUUUUCAUCGAAGAAAAUUUAUAAUUUUGUGAAAAUCGAAAAGGCAGAAGUCAAUCAAAAAUGUAAUAUUUGGUAUAAAAUAAUAUAACAUUUUUGAAACAGUAAAUUUUUUUUCGUGGAGAAAAAUGUGUGAAUAUCGAAUUGCCACGUCAUAGUAAACGAGAAUAACUUUCAAAAAACUUUUAAUAACAAGGAAGAAUCGAAAAAAUAAUUUUGAAAACUAAACUUAUCAAAUUUUUGAAACAGUGAAAUUUUUUAUUGAAAAUUUAGUGAAUUCUGAAGCGUAUAAGUAUUUUGAAGCUAAGAAAACUUAACGAAAUAAUCGAAAAAAUAAUUUUGAAACAGUGAAAUUUUCAUAGAAGAAAAAAUUUAUAAUUUUUGAACAAUUUUUCGAAAUGUUGAAAAGUCGUAAAAUGUAAUAUUUGAUAUUUAUAAAAUAAUAUAAAAAUUGUGAAACAGUGAAAUUUUUUGGGAAAAAAAUCAAUGAAUUCCAAAUUUUCUCAAGAAUUGGAGUAUUUUGGACCUGAGCUUUGGGUUUAGGUUUUUUCUAAGCCUAAGGUUUUUGCUAAGCCCAUGUCCUAAAUUUUGACUUAGCCUAAAUCCAGGUUUUUUUUCCAAUUGCCAGAAGUUUCUCAAAUUAAAAUUCUUCCAAUAUUCAAAUAGGAAUUAUCGAUAAAAUAAUUUUGAAAAUUAAAAUUAUUUUAAUAUUUAAAAAUAUUAAAUUUAAAAAUUUUCGAAAGAGUGAAAAAAAAAUCAAAAAAAAAAUUUUUGGCAUAAAUUGUCCAAAUAAUCGAAAAAUAAUUUGAAAACUAAAAUUAUUGAAUUUUUGAAACAGUGAAUUUUUUUCUGAAAAAACCAUAAUUUCAUUGACAGCAAAUUCAAAAAUGUUUCCAAAUAAUAUAAAAAAUUUUGAAACAGUAAAACAAUCUGUGAAUUCCAAAUUUUCUCAAGAAUACAAAUAUUUUGGACCUGAGCCUUAGGCUUUUGCUAAGCCCAAAAUUCGGCCUAAACUCUGCGCCAAGCUUAGGUUUUGAUAUUUAUUUCAUUCACGUGAAUUUAAAACAAUCGAAAAAAUAAAUUUGAAAACUAAACUUAUCAAAUUUUUGAAACAGUGAAAUUUUUUCGGAAAAAAUCAGUAAUUUUCCAAAUUUUCACAAGAAGUAUUUUGGGUCCUGCCACGAUUUUAGAGGUAUUUAAAGGUGCAUAAGCUUGAAAAUCGUGUCAGGACCAAAUUUCUGAUGAAAAAUUGAAUAUUUUCGGUCCUACCACGAUUUUUAAGGGGUUUAAAGGUGCAUAAGCUUGUUGUGCAUUGGAAUCUGCUGCUGUAGCGAUAAAAUAAGAUUGAAAACUAAAAUUAUCUAAUUUUUGAAACAGUAAUUUUUUUAUCUAUAAAAAAUUUCCAGCUCAAACCUGGACGUGGCAAAAUACGAAAAAUACGGCUUCGAACGCGAAUUCCUUCAAGCAAUCUCCUAUGAUUUCCGAAGCACAUUCGAUGAUUGUCGAUUUGGAAUCGCGCCAAAAGAACCUCUCAAUGUUUAUACAACUGAAAGUGUGGCUUUUGUUUAUUCGCAAGUUUUUACCAUUUUGAAUAUGUUGAAGAAUGCGAUGGAUGCGAUUAUUGAGGUGAGAAGUCAGGCUAAGUUCUAGAGGCCUAAAAUAAGUUGCUAGAUACUGUAGGUGCUGGAAAUUUCAAGAGCUUCAAAAUGACUCCAAAUACACCUACUGUAGAUCAAUUUUUGGCAAAUCUACAGUAAUCUAGGCUUGUUUGGACUCAUUUUGAAGCUCCUCGAAAAAACUUUACUGUACCUUUAAAAUUACCUGACCUACAGUAAUCUUGGGCGAUUUUUGCAGACUCGAAGAUGUGACACUUUUCAACGUGAACCUCGACUACGAUAUUCGAUUUUUCACAUGAAUGAUGUGGUUUUUACGAUCAGGAAAAAUAUUAUGGGAUUGGUUGAAGCUGCUUAUGUUGAUAUGAAGGUAGGCCUAAAAUUUUGGAGAGAUUUUUUGGGUGUGGAAAAAUUUACUGUUUCAAAAAAAUAAAAAUAAAAAAAUAAAAAAUGAACAAAUAUUCACCAACCAAAAAUUAGUCAAAAAUUAAUUCAGAAAAAUUCACUGUUUCAAAAAUUUUUGAAGUGUUUUUUUGAAAAUAUUGAUUUGGCCAAUUUUUGAGCCCUAAUUAAGUUCAAUAAAAUUUACUGUUUCAAAAAUUGUAGAAGAGUUUUUCCGAAACUUUUUGAUAUUUAUGAUUGUCUAUGUAUUAUGAGGUGAGUCAUAAAAAUAAAGUGACAAAAAAGUGCGAUUAAUUUCACGUUUUUUUGUCAAUUAAUCGCCUUCAUUUCUGAAAACAUGCGAUUAAUUGACAAAAAACGUGAAAUUAAUCACACUUUUUUUGUCAAUUUAUUUUUAUGACUCACCCCAUUAGGUUCAAAAAUAUUUAAAAAAAAAACAAAAAUUUACCAAAAAAAAUCAGUCAAAAAUUAAUCCAGAAAACUUUACUGUUUCAAAAUUGUAGAAGUUUUUUUUUUGAAAUUUUGGGUUUGAUUAAAAUUAAUGAAACAGUAAAAAAAUUAAUUUUUUAGCCAAAAUUUUAACAAACAGAAAUAUAAAAAUUUAGAAAAAUUUACUGUCUCAAAAAUUGUAUAAUUUUUUGUUGAAAAUAUUGAUUUGAUUUGUUGCUUCAAUGAGCAAGUUGUAAAAAAAAUUAAAAAUUAAUUCAGAAAAAAUUACUGUUUCAGAAAUUCCAGAAUUUUUUUUUGGAAUUAUUGAUUUGAUUCCGUAAAUCUAUGUGUUCUGGAAAACGUUUUUGAAAAUUCUGAAUUUUUUUUGUGGUGAAAAUUGGUUUUUUCUACGAAUUUUCUACGAGUAAAGUUUUUUUGAAUUUUGAAAAAUUAAAUUGGAAAAAAAAUUCCUGAUUAAAAAUUUUGUAGAGUUCAAAAAAUAGAAAAAUUCACUGUUUCAAAAUUUUUAUUAGAGUUUUUUCAAGAUUUUUUGAUCUGAUGCAUAGUUUUUUAUUAUAGCCAAAUUUUUUACGAAGAAAAAAUAAGAAAAAAUUCGGAAAAAUUCACUGUUUCGAAAAUAAUAUAACUUUUUUGUGGGAAUUGUUCAUUUGGUCUUUUAAUCAAUGAUGAGUGGAAAAAAAAAUCAAUUUUUGACCCCAAAUUUAGUUCAAUAAAAUUCACUGUUUCAAAAAUUUAAUAACUUUUUGUUGAAAAUAUUGAUUUGAUUUGUUGCUUAACUGAGCAAGGUGUUGUAAAAAAUCAAAAAUUGAUUCAGAAAAAUUUACUGUUUCAGAAAUUGUAGAAGUUGAAAAUAUUAAUUUGAUUUGAUGCUUCUGCGAUUUUGUGAACAAUCAAAAAUUAAUUCAGAAAAAAAAUAACUUUCAAAAAAUUAAAAAAAAAUUUUAUUGGAAUUAUUGAUUUGAUACCAUCACACAAAGUAUUUUAGAAAACGUUUUUUUAUUUCUGAAAUUUUUUGUGGUGAAAAUUGGUUUUUUCUACGAAUUUUCUAAGAGUAAAGUUUUUUUGAAUUUUGAAAAAUUAAAUUGGAAAAAAAUUCCUGAAUAAAAAUUUUGUAGAGUUCAAAAAUAUGGAAAAAUUUACGUUUCAAAAUUUUUAUUGGAGUUUUUUGAAGACUUUGAUUUGAUAAUCAAUGUUUGGGCAUAAAAAAAUAAGUCAAAAAUUAAUUCAGAAAAAUUCACUCACAGGCAUAAAUUUCUGACUUUUUUCUUAUCGGCUCCGCCCCCUGCCACGAUUACACGUUUCACGUUUUUAAAAUAGUUUUUUCGUUUUCAUCUUUUUUUCUUCACUAAAUUUCGAAAUGCAAAAAAUCAGAAAUAAUUAUUGCUUGAAAAAAAAACGUGCCGCACCUAGCAAAAUAAAUCCCGCCUCCCUAUUCACGCGAGAAUUUGUUUUCUCUGCGACAUUCAUUUCUGAAUUAAAAAAGUCAAGAAUUUAUGCCUGUGUCACUGUUUCAACAAUGUUAUAACUUUUUUGUUGAAAAUAUUGAUUUGAUUGCACCUCAGUUCGUAUUUUCGUUUUUUGAAAAUUCUGAAAUUUUUUGUGGUGAAAAUUGGUUUUUUCUACGAAUUUUCUGAAAAAAAAAUUUUGUAGAGUUCAAAAAAACAGAAAAAUUUACGUUUCAAAAUUUUUAUUAGAGUUUUUUCAAGAUUUUUUGAUCUGAUGAUUAAUUUUUAAUGUUAGCCAAAAUGUUUACCAAGAAAAAAUAAGAAAAAUUCACUGUUUCAAAAAUUUUAUAACUUUUUUGUGGGAACUAGUGGACCCAGGGCGCUAUGCCUAAACUUGUUCAAUCACCACCUGGCCAAAAUCAUCUGCUCAUUUAGUGAACAGAUCAAUUUUUUAUUGUUUAGAACGAUUGGGUCAUGUCGUUUUAAGACAAAGCCCAAGCCUUGAGACCUCAUUAGAAAUGUUUUUUAGACAAAGACUGGACCGAAAGGUCUUUUUAGAAAGCUUACUCGCCCGGGAACUCAAAUUAGCUCGAGAAAUAUUCUUCAAUUUAAAAAUCAAAAAAAGCGCAAAAGCUGCAAAGACCGUAAUGCAAUCGUGCACAUAAAUAUUUUUGUCAGCUUUCCAAUUUUCCAACCAGAUUCUGUAGAAUCACUCCGUUGAAAAAUUAUAUUCAUUUUUCUUGGGAAUGCGGAAAGAGAAAUUUCGGGGAUCCGGAUUGCUGAGGAACCACAUUAUGAAGGAAUUCAUCUUAUUUUUAUAAUAUUUAUUGACAAAAAAAACAACAUAAAGUUAAAAUUACCAAUAUAUUGCAUGGUCCAGUCGAAAAUGGAGGCGAUUGAGUUGGCAUCUAAAUAAUUUGGAAUGUUAAUAUGAAAACAUGCAAGUUAUCCGCGUCAGCGCGAAUUUUUAUGAAUAAUUUGUAAGGAUGCGAUUCGUGAAUUUGCAAAUUCGAAAUAUGGCGGUUUUACCUUGGAAAGGUUCUCUUUUACCCUUGUGCCACCCCCUCCCCUCCACUCUCCCAGAAAAGUUACUCACCUCUUUACCAAAAAGUGACAAAUCAAUUUCGACCUCAUCCUGUGCUCCAAUCAACGUCAUAUCCGACAAAUUCAAAGUGGCACCCUUCAAGAACAAUUGUCUUCCCGUCCGUCAACCUGCCAUCCAACGCAGCCAAUCGCUCCUUCUCCGCACUCUCAUUUGCCGCCUUCCGCUCCGCAUCGAAUUUCUCCUUCCAAGCGCGUAAACUCUUCGGCGUCACAACAUUUCCCUACUUUUUGCUCGAUUUCGAGCAACCUCCGCCUUUUCAAAUUUAAUAAUUCCUCAAUUUCUUCUUGCAUUGCUAUCUAUCGCAAAUACCAUAGCCAUACACAAAUUCUCUUCAGCAACCGCUUUCAUUUUCUCAAUUGCCUCGAAAUUUCGAAAAUCCGAGUAACCUCAAAUUUCUCAUCAAUUCCAUCAAUUGUUGUUUCAGGAAUCCCUUCCGGAUAAUUCUCAGUGAAUUUUAUACUUAAUUCAACUGUAAAAUCAUCAUUUCCAGGUUCACCAAACUGCAAAAAGUUUACAUGAUUUCAAUUUAACAAAUAAAUUGAAGCAAAAACUUACUUGAUUUGAUUUCAGUGUUAUUUGUAGGCUGAUUUCUGGAUGUUCUCGAUUCAGAAUUCCCCUUCUGUAUAAAUUGCUUCGAGCUCUUCCAAUUCUUGCUCAUGCUGUUCUGAAGCUGAGUUGAACGGCAGCCUCCAGAUCGCAACCUCGGCGAAAAAAGAGAAAAAACGAAAAAAAAGAGAAAAUGAAAAACAUUUGAGCAGCGCGUCACAUCGCGAUGAGACCCAAACGAACAAUUCGUCCUCCCUUUAAUCUACGAUCUGUUGAGAAAAAUUGGCAAGCUGCCCAAAAAAAAUGUGUGCAAGUUUGCGUCAUGGUGUUCAUUGCGGACAGCGAAGAUUCAUUUUUUUUGAGCGUUUUUUUAUAGGGAAGAUUUUAUAACUUUUUUGUGGGAAUUGUUCAUUUGGUCUUUUAAUCAAUGAUGAGUGGAAAAAAAAUCAAUUUUUGAGCCCAAAUUUAGUUCAAUAAAAUUCACUGUUUCAGAAAUUGUAGAAGUUUUUUUUUGGAAUUUUGAAAAAUUAAAUUGGAAAACAAUUUCUGGAUAAAAAUUUUGUAGAGUUCAGAAAAUAGAAAAAUUUACGUUUCAAAAAUUUUAUUAGAGUUUUUUGAAGACUUUGAUUUGAUAAAUAAUUUUUGAGCUGAAAUAUUUGCAAGCAAAAAAUAAGAAUAUAUUCAGAAAAAUUCACUGUUUCAAAAAUUUUAUAACUUUUUUGUUGAAAAUAUUGAUUUGAUUUGAUUCUAUUUUGCGUUGUAAAAAAAAUCAAAAAUUAAUUCAGAAAAAUUCACUGUUUCAAAAAUUUUAUAACUUUUUUUGUUGAAAAUAUUGAUUUGAUUUGAUUCUAUUUUGCGUUGUAAAAAAAAUCAAAAAUUAAUUCAGAAAAAAUUCACUGUUUCAAAAAUUUUAUAAGAGUUUUUUCAAGAUUUUUUGAUCUGAUAAUCAAUGUUUGGGCCUAAAAAAUAAGUCAAAAGUUUAUUCAAAAAAUUUACUGUUUCAAAAAUUUUAGAAGUUUUUCUUUUGGAAUUAUUGAUUUGAUCCCAUCGCAUAACAUAUGCUGGAAAACGUUUUUUUUUUAAUUCUGAGAAUUUUGCUGAAAAUUGGUUUUUAUACGAAUUUUCUACGAUUAAAGUUAUUUUGAAUUUUAAAAAAUUAAAUUGGGAAACAAUUUUGUAGAGUUCAAAAAUAUGGAAAAAUGUACGUUUCAAAAUUGUUAUUAGAGUUUUUUGAAGAUUUUUUGAUCUGAUUAAUUUUUGUGCCUAAAUUUUUACAAACAAACAAUAAGUCAAAAAUUAAUUCAGAAAAAUUCACUGUUUCAGAAAUUGUAGAAGUUUUUCUUUGGAAUUUUGGGUUUGAUACCAUCACACAAAGUAUUUUGGAUAUCGUUUUUGAAAUUUCUGAAAUCAUUUGUGACGAAAAUUGGUUUUUUCUAUGAGUAAAGUUUUUUUUUGAAUUUUGAAAAAUUAAAUUGGAAAAAAAAUUUCUGGAUAAAAAUUUUGUAGAGUUCAGAAAAUAGAAAAAUUUACGUUUCAAAAAUUUUAUUAGAGUUUUUUGAAGACUUUGAUUUGAUAAAUAAUUUUUGAGCUGAAAUAUUUGCAAGCAAAAAAUAAGAAUAUAUUCAGAAAAAUAAAGAAAGAAAGAAAGAAAGAAGGGAGAAAUUAAGAAAUAAUAUAAGUUUAGAAAGAAAGAAAAAACAGAACGCAAGUGAACCGUUUCGACCUUUUCAUCAGACGGUAAAGAGGAGGUCUCAUCAGUGAUGCCUCUUUUGCUGGACCUUAUGUAAAAAUUCACUGUUUCAAAAAUUUUAUAACUUUUUUGUUAGAAAUAUUGAUUUGAUUUGAUGCUUCUGCAAUUUUGUAAAAAAUCAAAAAUUAGUUCAGAAAAUCUCACUGUUUCAAAAAUUGAAUACGUGUUUUGUUGAGUUUUUUAUUUGAUUCCAAUAAAAUAUUAUUCUGAAUAUAGUUUAAAAAAUUGAAAAUGUUGAGUGAAAACUAGAUUUUUUUCGAAUUCUGAAUUUUGUAGUGAAAAUUUACCUAAAAAUUAAAUGUAAACAUUUGAUAUGAAAAAUCCGGAUGAAAAUUACGAAUUGAUUUUUGACACAAAAAAUACGGUGAAAUUAAUUCAGAAAAAAUUCACUGUUUCAAAAAUUGAAUAAUUUUUUCGUCGAAUUUAUCGAAAGAUUCGAUUUUUCUAAUUUUUGAGCUCAAAUAUUUGAAAACAAAAAAUAAAAAUAAAUUCAGAAAAAUUCACUAUUUCAAAAAUUUUAUAAUUUUUUUGUUGAGGUUUUUGUUUUGAUUCCAAGCACGUUCUCGGGAAAAGAACCGCAAUUGUGGCAGCAUUUGUCGCAGCGCUGCAGCAUCUUUUUGUCGCAACACAUGCGCCGGAGUUGCGACAAAACUUGCAACUGUUGCGUCAAAUGUUGCGGAAAUGGGCGCAACUCCGGCGCAUGUGUUACGGUGCCGCAGAGCUGCGACAAAUGCUGCCACAGUUGCGGUCAGUUGCGGUUCUUUUCCCGAGGUCUUUUUUUUUACAAAUUAUCAUGUAGAAUUCACUGUUUCGAAAGCUGACCUAGUAGAGGCAGGAUAAAAAUAUCCGAUUUUUCAUCAGAAAUCGGGUCCUGACAAGAUUUUUAAAGAAAUAGACAACUUUUAAGCUACGGUUCAAAACAGGCCAAAAUUACUUUUUUCAUACUAUUUUUAACACAUCUGCAAAGGGAGAACUCUCAAAACUCACUCUAACCCCUUUUUGAAGCAAAAGAAAAAAAUUAAAAAACCCUCGUUUGAAAAUAAAAAAAUUGCCGCGAUUGUGUGAGCGCAGCGUCAUGCGGAGUCUUGUUGUUUUACUUUUAUUUUUUUUGGUUUGUGGAAAGCAAGAAACCUAAAGAAACCGAAUAAAAAAUUGGAAAAAUCUAGCAAAUUUAUUGAAAGGAACAUUUUACAUAACAUUUGAGUGAAAAUUUGAGCAAAGAAAUUUUUGGAUAGGCUCCGAAUCUUCAAAAAUUGGCGAAUUUCUGAAAAUCGCAGAAUUCCGGGAUGUUUUUGGCGAAUCAUUACUUUGUUAAGGCUCCAAAUCCAUUAACACAGCACAUUGAAGUUGUUCUCUGAAAUUAACAAUAAUUAAAUCAGUUUCAGAUUCAUUUUUCAAUAAAACUUUGAAUUUUGAUGGGCUCACAGCCAAAAUCGUUACAAAACUAACAAUUAAAGUUGUUAUUUGUUCGAUUCUGCCUAGAGUCACUAUAAUCUAGCAUAAAAGUUUGACAAAAAACUCACCAAACGUCAAAAAACGACUUGAAUUGAGAAUUCCAUCGAAAAUCCUUCGAAACUUGUAAAUCGCCGAUUUUUCCUGAAAAUGGACAUGAAAACUAUGAAAUGUUCAUGAAAACUCACCGAAAUAUCAACAAACAUGAUUCCUGAUGUGCUGCGUUAGUCGAAAACCGAUUUUCAUCACAAAACUCCGUUUUUUUGCGAAAAAAAACGAAAAAAAAAUAAAAGUAAAAAAAAAGUCUGCAAACACCGCACACCGCCGCCCAAAAAUGCACUAGAUUAUCUAGAACUCGGCGGGCGUUCAAAUUCGAAUUAUUUUUUUUCAACCUUGCGCCAUUUCUAUCAACGCACAUAUUUUGAAUGAUUUCUGGUUGGAAAGUAUGUAGAAAAGUAAGCAAAAUCAAGAUAUUGGGCCAGCCUGAACCUCAGUUUUAAAAGUUGUCUAUUUCUUUAAGCGCAUGUACCUUUAAAUACUUCCAAAAUUGUGGAAGAACCGAAUAUUCAAUUUUUCACAGUUUUUGAGCUCCUUGCCACCUUUGAUAAUUCAAAAAUUUCCAGAAAAAACUCGAUUUGGAGCUCUCAAACAAAUCACUGAACAGCAAUGAAUGUCUGAAUAUCUGCUAUCGAUCUCAUCGAAUUUUUAUGAAAGAAAUUGCGGCGAUUUUGAUGUUAUCAUUGAAUCGAGGAUCAACUGCGAGAAUUUUGAAAAUGGUGAGGUUUUUGAUAAAAAAUUUUUUAAAUUCAGGCUAAAAAUGAUGAUUUUCCUGAAAAAUUUAUCAUUUUUUGUUGCAGAUGGUCACAAGUGUUUCGGAAUCUUCGACUUCUUGUAUCUCUGAUGACGCAGUUUCAGCUGAUCGACAUUAUCAAGAAUUUUUGAAGAAUUUAUCGCUUUUUCUGGAUCGUAAGUGCUUUUUUUACCUUAAAAUACCUUAAUUUAACCCUAACAUGAGAAAUGCUGUGUUUAGCUUUAAAAUAAUGCUCUUAACAUGAACAAUGCCAUAUUUACACUCAAAAUAAUGCUCUUAACAUGAGCAAUGCGAAAAAAUUUCUUUCAGUUUGCCGCCAGGAUCGUCUUCGCUACUCCCUCUACAAAUCUCUCGAAUUUUCCGAAGAAUCGACAGAUUUUGGACGCAAAUCCGCAUUUUCCUCGUAUUCCGAUGAUAUUAGUUGUAGAUCAUAUUGA